AUGAGACUAGAUAUAGGUGAUACGCUUGUAUUACUAGAGUCAUCAAAGAUCCGAGACAAGAACGAUGGUCUCGAGAGGAUAGAGUCUUUAGAUUUUCGAGGCUUGAGUUUCAAACAGUGUAAUGAUAUCAUCAAAUCAUUAAUACGAUUGAUAGAGAACGAGAAAUCUAAUGAUAAAGCAGGUACUGCUGCCACUAGAAAGAACAAAGCAAGUUCUCUAAUAAGGUCAGUGAUAGAUCAAUGCAUAUAUAAGAAACCCAAAUAUUCAUCAUUCAUCAAUCACAUUUUGGAAUUGGCUAAUUUAUGUGACGAAUCAGUUUUAACAGACAUCAUCAAAUCUAUCACUUUGAUCUUGAACCAACAAUACAUAAGGGAUCAUUUGAAUGCAGAUAAUUGGCUCCAGAUAUUCAAGUUUUUGACAGGAUUGAUUUGUGAUCGGCCCAGUUCCCAAUUGGUUGACAUAUUCAUAGCUAUCAACACUUUAGUAUGUAAGAACUCCAUCAAUUAUAUUCCCAUUUAUAACAUAGAUAGCGAUCGUUUGCUUACCAAACUUGAAUCCAUACGACUAGAAUAUGCUCCAUUGCUAGCCAAUCAGUACAUGAUAUUUGUAAAUAGACUUCUUAUCGUGUUUUCGUGUACGAACUUCCAUUUCACCAAACGCUUAACUAUAUUGGUUUUCAAGGCUUUACAAACUACCGGGUAUAAUUUCAACAGCACCAACCCUAUUAAUUCACAAAUUGGAAUUUUCCUCAACAUUGAUGUGAUCCAUGGAUCUUUAUGUAAUUAUUGGUCUGUUGACGAUACCCUAUACGAAUCAAUUCAGUCAUUUCUUCAAACAACUUUGCAUGGGUUUUUGAAUUCCACCAAGACCUUGAUUCCAAAUUAUAUAGGAUUCCAAGAACCUGGGUUGGGCGUAAAAAAUCACACAUGGUUUCGCCAACCCACCAUUUAUCUAAGAGAAACUGAUCCCUCAUUAUACUUACUAUUAAUGGGAUGUUCUAAAUUACUUCACACGUAUUUCACGUUAGACUGCAGCUCACAAGCAGACACGGCCAAGAGGAUAAGGCUGGACCACAAUUUCCACUUAAGCACCUUUGAAGAUUUCACAGAAUUAGUUCAUCAUCUACUACGCCAAAAUACCAGAACCAGCACGUUAGCCCUUUAUUUAUUAACGUUCUAUAGUGAAGUUUACCCAUUAAAGCUCGACCAUUAUGAAUCUGAUACUGACUUUGAUAUGAGUAGUUCGUUACUUUUCGUUCAGCAAGACCGAUCACCUAUUCUUGACUCGAUUUUGUCAUGUACCAGCAACCCUUCCUUGGGUUACUGGUCUUUGUUGUGUAUGAACCUGCUUGUAGUGAAUGCUUUAGCAUUUCCCGGGACUGGGGCACAGCUUUCGCCUUCUGUUUGUAUUCAAACCUUCAAGUUAAUCCUCCCACUUGUGAAAUCCAAAGACUCCAAUGAUAUUGCCAGUGUGUUAUUGUACAACUUGGUGGUGACUAUCAUUUCACAGGGGAUAGCUUUGGAAAGAGACGAACCUCUCAUCAAUCAGAUCAACAAUAUAAUUGAGCUUUCAUAUAUUUCAGGUCCAGCUAAAUUGAAUAACAUGGGGAUGGUUUUCUGGUUAGCAUUCACCAAAUUGAUGUCCAUUCAAGGGUUGAAUAUUGAGGUUUCGAAGAUACAUAUAAUAAAUUGGGCUGAAUCCAAAUGGGAUGAAGUUUUCAAUAGUUCUGAUAACUAUAGCUUAAAGGAAGCAGAGCUCAUUAAUCGGUUCAUCGAUUGGUUAGAGAAUGGUGAUGAUUUUGAUAUCCGAAGACAUGGCGAUAUAAGUUCUUAUCAAGGAUCGGAGUUUGUAUCGGUCGAUUUAUUAGCUCAAACGUUUACCCCGAUGUUCGAGUUCAUGAAUGACAAUGCACGUAGUAGUCAUCAACCAUCAUUUUUGGUUAGGUUUUCUGUCAGUGCCGUAAAGAAACUUCAUCAAAAGCUCGAGCUAUCAGCGCAGGAGUUAUCCAAAAGAGAUACCCUCAGGAAGAUCGAAUUCAAUUCAAUCGUAAACGAAUCCUUCCAAAUCGACGUGAAUGUCACAAAAGACGAUAUGGCCAAACUUUUGGACUCCGGUGAUUUAUACAAAUUGAAAAAUACCAAUACGUUCCAUCCAGAAUUCUUAACUGAUAUAAUCAAUCCCCCACAAAAGAAUGAGUUCUUGAUAGAUGAAUUUGCAACUCAAAACAAACACCACACCAUCUUUACUCAAUAUGAGAUCCUCUUAUCGACAAAUCCUGAAAUAGUUAAGUUGACUCAGAUUAUGCAAUUACCAGAUUGGGACAAAUAUUUCGAUCAAAUUAUCAAAGGGUCUUCAGAUGAAGAGAUCAUUUUGUAUAGUUUAUUCUUAAUGUCUUACAAAUCUCAAUUGGAAGGUGGAAAUGGGAUCAACAAUGGAUUCUUGUAUGCAUUGGGUACGGGUCCGUUGAGUAAAGUGGUGUUCGAAAGAAACGAAUUGGUAACAUUGACUGUGAGCCAAGCCAUCUGUAAGUGUGAAGCAAAAAUAUUGAAAGACGCUUUCCAAAUGGUGAAUUGGUUGUCCAUGGCAGCUUCAAAGAAAUUGAUUCUAACGAGCGUUUCAGCUAAAAGCUACUUGAAGAUGCUUCUUAGAAUUCUUUCCAUGGUGGAACAAGGAUUGUUACAGCCUUGGGGACCAGAUUUCUCUCUGGUUAAUGAUCAAUUUUUUCAAUAUUUCAAUUUUGUCUCGUCAGAUAUAAGAAUUCUGUUGAUGGAGGAUAUUGGAGAGUUCUUCAGGAAUGAGUCUAUAUCUUUAGAAAGAAAACAUUCCUUCUACAAAUCAUUGAUUGGAUCUUUCGAUUUACAGACGUUAGAAUCUGUCAUAGAAUACUGCAUGAUCCUCGGAUCAAUAGAAACUACAGACCUACAAAUCUCCAAAAUGAUAGUUUUCAAUCUACUUGAAUGUGCUUCAGCUGAUUCGGAUUAUUUAAGAUUUGUAGCUAAAGCUGCAUCUUGGAAUAAAACUUCAAGUUUCAUUAGUAUCUUCGAUAUUGUAAGAGAGGAUAUCCUCAGAUCAUGGUGGUUGAAUCAUGGAACUUUCCUUGAUUUUCCUUUCCAACUAUUACACUUCCAAUCACUUAAAGAAUUUUUGAAUUGUUAUUCGGCAGAGAUAAUCUCAGUAAUAUUAGUUUUCAAAAACGAUUCAUCUACCAUUGAUAGGUUCUUCACCAAAGAACAGAUUAUUCGAUCCAUUCCCACAGCCAUUCCUUUAGCAUAUGUUGGACCAGGAAACAAACAUCUUAUUGAUGAAGUUUACAAAGGUAUUUUGGGUGACAGAUUUAAGAUAGAACGAUCUAUUCACUUAGAUAGUCUCAUAAUCCAAUGUUUUAGAUUAUUGGAUGUUUCCAAUAUGUCUCUCUUAUUGGAUUGUUUUGGUCAAGUGCCAAUGUAUGAUUUAAAAGAACUUAAUGAUCCAUCAUCAUUACAUUUAUCUGCUAAAACAGGAGUCAAUUUGAUUCAAGGAUUGAUAAAGAAACUUGCUCCUGAUGGAUAUUGGACAACCAGCAGAGUUUACUUCCUUGUAUCACGUUUAAUAGUUGAUCUUGAACAAUCAAAUGAUUUUCUUCAGAAGACUAGAGUCUUGAGAAGGAUCCUCAUGGUGAUGAUUUUAGGUAAAGAACAUUUGACGAACAUGAAACUAAUCAAGUUGAUUUACUAUGAUAUCCUUGUUAAUGAUCUUGAGACCGUUGAAUUUAAACGGAGCAGUGAAAUGGAUUAUAUGUGUAAAUUGGUUGAUUUGCAUAAGUUAAGUACAGUGGUUACAGAUUCAACUUUCAAUCAAUUAAUGCUUAUUUUCAGUCAUUUGUUCAUGAAGCUAGGGUAUGGUGGGAAUGAGUUGGAUUAUUUGUUUGAUCAUGAUGGUGAUAAUGCUCAAUUUUUUGAUGUGUUGAAUAAAUUGUUCAAAGGUCAAACUCCGGAACAAGGAAGUGUCAGGAUCAAAGAUUUCAAUGGAUUUAAAAUCAAUGGAAGUUUCACGUUGGUCUUCCAAUUGAUCCAGAAAUGUAUCUCUGAAGGUAUUGACAUAACCCAUGAUAAAGAUAUGGUGAAAGCAUUAAUCCAUGAAAAAUCUCAUAAACUCGAUUCAAUCAAGUAUCCUGGUGAAGAUUAUGAGAAUGUUAUGAAAUCUUGGUCAUUAAGAACAAUAGCCAAUGAUAUUAUUGACUAUGGGUUCCUGAUAGAUGAAAGUUACAUCAGAAACCAAGAAUUUGAGGACAUAUCGGACUUCGAGUCCUCCCUGCAUGCAUUAUUUGAAACUAUCUAUGAGCUUAGAAAUAGUCCUAAAGCUUCAAUAUCGUGGAUUUCAAAUGUCUUCAUUGGUAUUAUACUUGGAAAGACUCGUGACUUUGAUCACUUAGAUUAUAAUUUUGAUGAAAUCUUAGUGUUCAACCAUGGAUAUGAAGUAUUUUUCAAACCUGACCUUGAAAGUAGGAUUAGUCCUGGAACUAUAAGAUCCAAAGUUAUUGAAGAUUUUGGUGUUAAGGAAUGGAUCAAUCAUUCAUUCAUAGAGAUGAUUGAUCAUAUUUCAGUUGUUCAACAAUCACCACUACUUCUUGUGUUAAAACAAGCGACCUUCCAUGUAGACGGGAUAGCACUCAAAUGUUUCCCUUAUAUGGUAUGUUAUUACUUGGAGAACUUGCCUAAAAGAACCGAUUAUGUAACAGAUUUGGUUAAAGAAAUGAUAUUCAAUGUAGAUUGUCAGAAGUUCGAAAUCAUCAAGAUUCUUAUAAAAACCAUGCUUCUAAUAAGAACUUCAAGCACCUUAGGUAAUCCGCCAUUCAAGUUGGUAUACAGUAAUACCAAUGUGGUGGAACUAUGUAACCUUGCAUCGAAAUUCGGAUUCUUUGAAACUGCGUUGAUGCUAUUGGAAGAAUCCAUAACUCAUAAUGUAGUGGGGCCCAAAUGGCAUCAACUAGAUUUUGUAAGUGACAUCUAUGAAUCCAUUAAUGAUGAAGAUUUAUUGGAAGGAUUACCUCAAGAACCUAAUUUGGAUAUAAUGUUCAAGAGAAUUACAAGAGACCCCCAAUCCGACGAAAAAUUGAAAUACCAAUUUGCUGACUUUGACUCCAAUCUCACGUUUAACCUCAACAGUGAUAAGACUUCAUUACUUAAGUCGAUGACUGAAGAAGGUUUAGCUGGAAUCUCAUCCAUUUUAAGUAAAACCUCUAAUGGUUCUGAUGAUAAUGGUACUUAUGAUUGGUCGUGGAAACUCCAGAAUUGGGAUAUACCCAUUGCUAGACAAGUGAAGAAUUCCAAUCAAUUCAUAUAUAAAACUUUGAAGAGUUUACAUGACGGUUCCCCCAUUGAAGUGGAGGAUAUUCAUGCUAUGAGAAUUGAAGCAUUGACAAAGUAUAAUCCAAAAGAUACUGAUGAAGAGAUGAAGGAAUUCUACCAAUCUUUGAUAGUUUCAACUCAAUUUUGUAGAGAUCCCUGGUCAAACAAAUCAUUCAAGAGUCCUGAUGACUACAAUAUUUCAUUUGACUUAAUUGAAAAUGUCUUGUUGGCUCGAAGCAUUGGUUUCCAGAUUACUGCCAAUAAAUUACUGGGUGAAGACAGAGACUUGAAAACUUCUGAAGCUGUUCAUGAAUUGGUGAAGUAUAAUAACUUUGCUAUCAAAAACCACCAGCCCCAAAAGAUAAUGAAUUCCAUUUUGACCAUUAACAAACUUGUUAACCAACAAUUUUAUUCGAUCCGGAUCCAAGACAAGUUGAAAGAAUUAUCUAAAUUCCAAGCUGCCCAAUCAUUGUGGAGUCAAAAGCAUUUCAGCAAGGCCAUAAGUAUGAUGAAAAGCGUUAAAGGGUCAGAGAAUUGGGAUGAUAAAGUAAUGAAUCAAACGCAAAAUUCGAUUGACUCGAUCUUAGUAGGAUGGUUAGCUGACUCCAGGCAAGAAUUGUCUCAUACGAUCAUGGGAUCUUAUGUACUUCCUGUAGACAAAGAACAAAGUCUUCAAGAACCCAAUCCUUUAACACCGGUUAUCUACAGAAGACUUGCUGAAUUCUGUGAGAAACAAAGUAAGAGUGACGACUUAGCUAACGAUAUCACUAAACUAGAAAAACAAACCAUCUCCAAAAGAAAAGAAUUGGAUAAAAUCAAGUCUUAUUUCAGUGGAACCAAACUACAAGGAAGCGAAAAGAAACAGGUUGAGGAUUAUUACAAGAAAUUGAAGAAAAGGAUGCAUGUUGAAACUGAAGAUUUGAAUGAAAUACGUCAAAAUCAAAGUGAAUUCAAGAACAAGGCCGUAGAAUAUUACCUCAAGAGUUUUGAGUUGGACGAUGAAAGUAUUGACAAAUUCUUCUCCCUAUGGUUACAAGAUACUACUAAUGAUGAAUUGAAUUCUAAGGUAAAUCAGAUCUUGAAAACCGUUCCUAGUCAUAAGUUAGUUGGUUGGGUAUCACAAUUGAUUUCUCGAUUGUUGGACGAGAACAAUACUUUCCAAAUAAUGCUACACAAAUUGAUCAGGACCAUUUGUAUUGACCAUCCACUUCAUUCAUUAUACUCCUUGUUUUCUUUACACUAUCAUAGUAAUUAUAUCAAUAGUAAGUCCAACUUGUUCAUGUUAUCAAAGAUCAAAGCCGCAAGUAAAAUCAUAACGGCAUUGUCUAUGGAACCUGAUUUGAAAUAUCUCGAAAGAUUUUUCAAUCCUAUCAGAGAAUUUUGUGACGAGUCUGUAAAUUUGGCAAAGUACAAACAACAAUCAAGAACCAAAUUCAUUACCAUAGGUAAGAUUCCUGAAUUGAAAGGUUACUGGAUUGAUAAGCUUUAUCAUGCCAAAGUAGUAUCUCCCACCAUAUCCAUUCCAAUCUCCCCCACCAGAAAUUACUAUGAAACCCUCCCGUACAUCACCAGUAUAAACCCCAUUAUCACAAUUGCCAAUACUGGUUUGAGUUUACCGAAAAUUAUCAAGUUCAAGUUAAGUAAUGGUAUAGAGCAGAAAAAUCUUUACAAACAUGGUACUGACGAUUUAAGACAAGACACUAUCAUGGAACAAGUAUUUGAAAAAGUGAACUCUUUCUUCCAGAAGGAUAAAGAUAGUUUGAAAAGACAUCUUCGGGUGAGAACGUAUAAGAUAGUACCAAUUGGACCUCAGAGUGGGAUAAUUGAAUUCGUUCCUAAUUCCAUGGCAUUGAAUGAUAUCAUCAAACCUUAUCAUUCCAAAGACACACUCAGUGGUGAAAAGGCUAGAACGAUGAUGAAGUCAUGUCAAACUGAAGAUAAAGAAGAAAGGAUCAGAGUAUUUAAAAAGAUCAUUAAUCAGAUCAAUCCUGUUUUAAGGUUGUUUUUCUUCGAAACCUUCUUGAAACCUAAUGAUUGGUUCCAUAGUAAGUUGGUUUAUUCACGAGGUUUAGCCACAUCUUCUAUUGUGGGACACAUUCUAGGUUUAGGUGAUAGACAUUGUAAUAAUAUCAUGUUGGAUAAAUUAACAGGUGAACCUAUUCAUAUCGAUUUGGGAGUAGCUUUCGAUCAUGGGAAAAGAUUACCCAUUCCAGAAACAAUACCAUUCAGGUUAACAAGAGAUCUUAUUGAUGGGUUAGGUGUUACAGGUGUGGAUGGAAUAUUUAGGAAAAAUAGUGAAUUAACUUUGAAAGUAUUAAGAGAGAAUCAAGAUCAUAUUAUGAGUAUCUUAGAGAUCUUGAGAUUUGAUCCAUUAUAUUCAUGGAGUCUUUCACCGUUAAAGAAAGCACAAAUUCAAAAUGAUCAAGAUGAUAUCAAUAAUCAAGAAGUUGAAAACGAUGCCAGUGAAGCUGGACAAGCUGUUCAAAAUGUUAGUAAUAAAUUACAAGCCAAUGGAUUGAGUGCUGAAACCGUAGUAAGAGAAUUAAUCAAUAGUGCUAGUAACAUUGACAAUUUAGCUUUAAUCUAUUGUGGAUGGUGCCCUUUCUAUUGA